GAGAUACCAGUGAAUCACUUCGAGGACUCUGUCAUGCGUUCGGAAGCUGGAUUGGGCGAAUUCCAGCUGCCGUCGCAUACUUCUAGCAUUGGAGAUGUGCAAAUGGGAAAUAGUGAAAUUAAUUCAUGUUUGAAUCUAUUUAGAGUGACAGGUUUUGAGUCAGAGGGUGUGGAACUGGCACGUCGGGACCAUUUCAUCUAUUAUCCACGUGGACUUCGGUUACGAUCAUAUCCACGUGGAGUUCUGUCUUCCUUUCCGCCACCUGUUAAGGAUCAAAAUGGCAUACCAAGUUGGUGGCUGUUAGAUGGUGGCUCUGUUGUACCUGUGUUAGCACUCGGAUUAGAGAAAGGUGAUUCGCUUUUGGACAUUUGUGCUGCACCUGGAGGAAAAAGCCUGCUAUCGUUGCUUACCAUGUUGCCAAGCAAAGUCGUUUGCAAUGAUUUCAAAUUGACAAGAUUAGGUAUGCUAAAACGUGCUCUUUCCACAUACAUUCCAAUGGAUGCUGCAGUCUCUGACAUGGUAAUACUGAAACGAAAUGAUGCCAGUAGUCUAUCUACAUGGAAUGAAUUUAAUCUUUAUGAUAAGGUCCUGGCUGACGUUCCAUGCUCGACAGAUCGUCUGGCAGUAACUCAAGACGAUGGGAACAUGUUCUGUUCACAAAUGACGAAUGAACGUCUGAAUUUACCUCAGUUGCAGACUAAAAUUUUGGUAAAUUCCCUACGAUCUGUGAAAGUAGGAGGAUCAGUUGUGUAUUCGACUUGUACGCUAUCGUCCAUUCAAAAUGAAGCUGUAGUUGAGAAUGCCGCUGCCAUAGCUGAUCAGAAGUUUGGAAUUCGGGUUAUCGAGGAAUCGCUAUCUCAACUCGUUAAUCAUCUCUCAUCGACUGGGCUCUAUCGGUUUUCGGAUCAGUGCCGAACGGGUGCUUUAGUACUACCGUAUUUGCCAUCAAACUUUGGUCCAAUGUAUGUAUGUAAGUUGACGAGACUAAAAUAG